AUGCCUGAACCCACCGUCUACCAGUUGAAGGUCAAGCUUGCCGUAGCUGAGCAGGAGCUGAAGAUACUUCAACAACAUCAUGCGGAAUGCGAUAUCAAGCACAAUUCUUUGAAACCCAUCUUCCACAGUGCACCUCGUACGCAGAAACGACCAUGGACGGAGCCAGAUUACAAUGAUAUUGAUAUUACGUUCAAGAAGCAGGCACCAAAGCGCGUCAAUAUACAUCGACUUUGCACGAAUGCGACUUUAGCAAUGAAGGAGCUGAAAUGCAGAGCCACCGACUUGGUUUCUAUGAAGAAGACUGGCUAUUACAGCAUUGAACUAUUCCGCUACCUAUCUUGCGUCACAGCUGGCCAUGCGCUUGGCCGUUUCAAUGGGGAUGAAGCCAAUCAGCUGGUGCAGCUUGUUCUCGUCAGCGCUACCUCAUAUGAUUACUUACUACGGAUCCGCAAUAGUGUGGAAUGGCUCCACAGCAAGGUUAUAGGAAAAUUGGUGAAGUCCGGAUGGAAACUUGAGAUGGCCACAGCCGUAGUGGCAGAAUACGCGCCAACGACAGCUAGCGGGCUUCGACACCUAAAGGAUAACGGUGAUCAGGAUAACGAGUACAUGUCGAAAUUCGAAGCUAUAAAAGCAUCACUGGACAUCGGUUCCUUCCCCUUUUGGUCUGUCCCUAGCCAAAUUGCAAAGUGGAACCCUGAAAUCAGUCUCGACCAUGUUUGCACAGCCCUGCGCUAUCUCACAACGAAGCAAGGAAGGCUAUUCUCAUUGCUCCAUGUGUGCACGCUGAAUGCUCUGGACGCCACACUCGUCCACUAUGAGUCUCUUGGCUUGGUCGAGAUACGCAAUUCCAGCGUACCGGGGGAGACACUGAUCGUGUCUCGGGUGAAAGCCGCGAACGAGGCUUACGACACUGAUCAAGCUGUGAUACUUUCCUGCUUCUUCUUCACAGGAUGCUGCGAAUACGUGAGCAAUGUGCGACAACAUUCAUUGCGAGCGUUACCAUUAUUCCGUCAGCUUGUCAACAAUCACAAGCAGGACAAUAAGCCAUUUCUAGUAAGCACGAUGAUGCGCGCUCUUCUACAAGCCUCCAAAUUUUCAGAUAACGAAUGGAAGUCUCAGUCUAUCGCAAUCGCUAGUAAACUUGUACCAGAAGGCAUCAAUAUCAAUGAUCGAGCAUACCUCGCAUACAGACGCAGUUUUGUGUUGCGUGCCAAGGGCGACCUGAACGAGGCCAAAAGUGUUAUCGAAGAAUACUGGAAAUCGGUCAAUCCAGGCGUUCCAGUGGACCCGCUUCUCCAUUCUAUCCAUGGUUUGCUGAUAAACUCCCGAUCCUGGAUCCACAUAGCAGAAACCGAGUUCGAAGAAGCCAUCACGGUUUGCACACGUUGGGAGGCCACUAAUUCUAGCCUCUACCAGAUGCGAGUGGAGCGGAAGCUAGCUACCGUUACAGGGAUUGCAAGCAAACACAUCGGCAGAUACGAUAUCGCCAUCGAAAGUUUGAGACUUGGGCUCAUCGACGACACAUCUCGUACUCGUUCGUACGUACUUGCGAACUUGUGUGAUGCUUAUUGCGAAAAUAAAGCGCCUCAGCUUGCGUACGAUAUGCUUUGGGAGGAGGUAGAAGGGCUGAGAGCUCUCACGACAGCAAAUGAGCUAGAAGCCCUGGAAGAUACCUACCACAGGUCGUUGCUACUCUCUUUCUCCGAGGUUUGCUGUUAUCUCGAGAGAUAUCAGGAAUCAGACGACAUCCUCUGGCAGCUCAGACGCUAUUUUGAGCGCGGUGGUGCGUGCAUUGCAAGGAACGACCAGCAGAGGCAUGUCCGCACCCUGAUCUUGCUCGCGCAGAGCUACCAUCGAAGAGCUCACGAUACAACGGGAUGGUCUUACACAUUAGAUCUAUGGCACACGUUAGUCCGCUGGGUGAGUCGAUACGAAGUCUUAAGUACUUCAGGAUGGGAUUACGCAGCGAUUUGCCUUUCUCUUCAUUGCGCACAUCAGAAAAUCCCAGGAAACGAGACAGAUAUAGAAUGGUUACAGAAGGCUAGUGUUAUAUUGUUGUCUCCCAAAGUUGAUCAUUUCUGGAUGCGGAGUAUGCCUAGCUUCUGGCUAGACUAUAUUCUGCAACAAAAUAGUAGCAUAAGCUCUCAAUUGCGUGCAAGUAUCAUUAGUCACGCGAGUUUGGGAAGCUGA